CAAAUCAUAUGUCAGGCGUUUAGCUGUUAGCAGUGUGCAUAUUUUAUUUUAAAUAUUUUUAUUUGGAGUUCUUCGUUCAUGAGGAUUUUUUAAAAGAUAAAAAUUUGAAGAAAAAAUGUUCAGAACACUACGGUAUAAUUUUGUGCCUAAAUACUCGGCAAUUAUUAUAUCGAAACAGUCUUUUCUAACCAACGAAUACAAAUGUAUUAACGCAUGGAAUAAACAAACUACAUCACCGAUACUAACAAAAGUUAAUCUCAGUGAUUUUUAUACAAGUUUGGAACAGAAUUAUUCAUCCAAAGGUGUUUUGAGCGCUAUAGAUGUUGAUAUUUUUGCUAACGCUGUAAAAGACCCAUCAUAUCUGGACGAGCUUAAGGAUUUGUUACAUAAACUUAGGCUGUCGGCAGAGAUCGGAAACACAUUAGAAUCGACUCAUCAUGCUACUGUUAGAAAUUACUUAGAUUUUGGAAAUGUUCAAGAGCUUAUUGAAAUUUUAAAAGAUCCCUUAAAUUAUGGAAUAUUCCUGGAUUGCUUCGCAGCCAAUUUGUUAAUGGACAAGUUGAUAACAUCACAAAAUUACGAACUUGCUUCUAAUGUAGCUUCACUUAUAAUGCUUCAAGAAGAUUAUUCUAAUGACAUAACUUGUUCUUUAUGCCAAUAUGCAUGUUAUAAAUUUAUAUCUGAAUAUAAACCUCCUUUAGAUGAAAACAAAACUGAAAAAGAAAAUAAAAAGGUGGAAGAAAUUAAAAUAAGAGUCAAGUACUUACGAAAUGAAUACUUUGAUGAUCAUUUUGAUAUAAAAGACAUUAAACUUUUAACGGGGAAGACUCUAGCUUGGAUAUCAAAACAAUUCCAGGACAACACAAGUAAUAAUUUACAAUUAUUAGGAUGGCUUUACUAUAAAAAAUAUGACAAAUUAUUAUCAUUAUGUGAAAAACUGGCUGGAAAUACAUCAUUUAAAGUCUAUAAAGAAGUGCUAAACUUAAUUGAAGCUGAAUCAACUGAAGACUCUAAAGAGAUCCUAGGAAAAUGUUUAUCAUUGUUUAGUAAUUCUGAAAUUAUUGAGGAUAAAAUGGAAGAAUCAAUCAAAAUCAUGGUGGAGAAUGCAAUUAAUAGAUCACAAAAUAAAGAUAUUGCUGCACAAGAGGAGAUGUUCCAAAACUGGGAAAUUAUUAGGGAAACCAGACUUCAAGAACAUACAAAGAGACUAGAUAGAAUUAAAAGGAUACAAUCCAUUGAAGAAAAACAAAAAGAGCUGCAAAAGGAAGAACAGAAGCUGUGGUUCUUUGAAAAUGAAGAAAAGAUUGAUCUUCAAAUAGAGGAAAAAGAGCAACUUGAAGAUAAAAAAGAAGUAGAAAGUAAAACACAUAAUAAAUCUGAUGAAGAUUAUAUACCUCCGGAAAUUUUACCACAGAAAAAGUAGAAUAGGUUAUUUAUAUUCAUAUGAUUAAUGUGUAAUAUGUAAUAGACAAUUAAAAGAGGAAUAAGGAUAUUGA